CACAGGUCACAUUUAAACACUCCAACACACUAAUGCAACAUAAUACCUUAAAAAUAAUAAACCCAAACACUUAAGACACACACAGUUCCUCAAUGAUUCUGCCAUACACCCAGGUGGGACAUAUUAGUAAAAUGUCGAUGUACCAAAAGUAUGAUGAGGAGGGGUCACUGCUAUGUGAGAACAUGGAGGAGUCCUUAAACGAACCCUCCUCUAGACUCGAACCACCCAGAGGUCCAGCCUGGCGAAUCCACCUCGCCCUCCUGGAAUACAAGCACUACAAGGCGGCCAGAACAAUUCAAAGGUUCUUUCGAGGAUUUCUCACCCGCCAAAAACUCCUAGAACAGAACGAGGCUGCCACCAGGAUCGCUAAAUGGUGGCGAGGCUACAAGGUACGCAAUCUAUUCUUCGAGGUAGUUCAGAAUCUGCUGCAAGAUCGGGUAAUGAAAUUUUAUAAUGCGAAGGCCCAGAUGAUCCAAGCCAGCUUCCGUGGCUGGAAAACGCGCCAGUUCCUCCACGACUUCCAGGCAAUGAAGAUGCUGCGACUACAGUACGCCGAGGAUAUGCUUAGUCAGCUGGCAAGGAAUCUUUUCAGAAUAAAACAUGAAAAUAAGCUGCCGGGUGUUUAUUCCUUGCGCGAGUCUGCUCUUCUAAAUCGUAUUGAGGACCUGUCUUGGUCCUUUGGCUACCGCUUCCACAAUGGACGAGUGCGAGCGGCCAUAGCCGCGAAGAGAUCUUAUAUCAACGACAAGCGGGAAGAGUUCAGAUCCGCUAAGAGAUACUUCAAAUCACCAUAUCCGAGUCCAGAUGCAGAGGCCCUCAUAUUUGGCGAGGGAGUGAUAAACAAGGAGAUUUGCACUGCCGGACAGCGUACCUUCAUGGUGUAUGAAAAUUCAAUCAGAGACCCACACAUCAAGAAAGUUUACGAGAACUUUGCAGCUAGGCGGCGGAAUAACAUGCAGGCCAAUAAGGAGAACAUUAGGACCUUAUUUUGUAGGGACUUGGUCAGACGACUGAUUAAGAAACGUUUGGUAACUCGGAAUGCUGAGAAGAAAACAAUGCGUCAGUUUCUGGAGGAACUCUUGGCGAAUACCGGAGAAUACAAUUGCUAUUGCGCACCCAAACUGACGGAGGAUACCUUAUGCCAUUAAGGCUCCAUAGUUCUGGACGAACAUUCGCUUCGGUGGAUGAUCGACCAGAACUAGAGAACCUGUAGGGCCUACGCCUCUCUUAAAAAAAUUGUCCACUGUAUAUCCAAGUGACACCCAAAAUAAUAUACAAUGCAACAAUA